AUGUCGUCAACCAUAAAGAAUGAAAAUGGUAAUUCUAAUAAUAACCCUUUAUUAGAUCCUACUUUUCUUGACACAUUCCAAUCUAAUCUAUUGGGUACCACGAAUGAAGAUCAAGAUAUCCUUGAUGAAUUCCUAGAUCAAAGAGUUUAUGAUUCAAUGGGAACUAAUACUCCAAUAUCAGGAAGUCAAGUUAAAUUAGAACAACAUGAUUUAAUCGAUAGUUUAUUUCCUAUAGUUGAUCAAUCAAAUCAUAAUCAAAACAAUACCAAUAAUAAUAAUAAUAAUAAUAAUGACUAUUUAUACUUAGAUACCCUCAACUUUCAACCUAACUCAUCCAUCAAUAAUAAUAAUAAUAAUAAUAAUAAUCAAUCUACUAAUACCAACUAUACAAGUCCCUUGGAUCAAAAAUUAAUCAAUAAUGAAAGCCCUCUUUCCACUUAUUCAAAUGGUUCUCAAGAUAUUCAUCACCAUCAACAUCAUCAUCAACAUCAUCAUCAACAUCAACCUCAACUGUUCAAUUUCAAUGGUAAUCAAAAUGUUUCACCCUUAUCAGACUAUGACUAUGUUCGUGAUGAAUUAUCAAAAUUGAAAUUCGGUAAUCAUUUCAUGAAUGUUUGUCCUGAAUCUAUUAAUAUCCCUCAUCCAUCAUAUCUUGAUUUUUCUCCAGAAGCUUUAGCAAAAUUACCUUAUAAUUUACAAAUUUCAAAUUUACCAAAUUAUUCAAGAGUUGAAACUCAAAUUAAAUUAAAAUUCUCUUUAAGUCCUCCUCCUCCUCAAGUCCUUUUACAUAUCCCUCAAGAUUUAAUUUCAAAAAAUAAAUUUUGUUUAAAUGAAAAUAUUAAUGAUUUAUCUCAAAAAUUAAAAGAAAAUUUAUUAUAUUUAGAUGCUUAUGUUUUAACAUCUGAUUUAUCAAAAUCUUGUAAUAUUUGUUCAAGAUGUAUAAAAAGAGAACAAAAAAGAGCUUCAAGAAGAAAAACUGGAUUUGAAUUAAAUAAUGAAAAUAAUAAUGAAUCAAUGGAUAAUACCAAUACCAAUAACGACAAUAAUAAUGAUAAUUUAUCUACUAACUAUAAUACUCCAAAUUCAGUAGUUAAAAAUAAUCCAAAUUCUUGGGCUGAUGAUAAAAUGAUGAAAAAAGGUAUAAUCUUCAAUUGUAAAGAAAUUGUUUCUUUCCCUCCUCCAACUGGGUUAAAUAAUGAUUCAAGUAAAUCAUUAGAAUUAUCAGCUAGAAUUAUAUGUUAUUGUAGACAUCAUAAAGAAUCGGAUGGAUUUAAAUUAUUAUUUGUCAUUAAAAAUAGUGAAGGUUUAGUGGUUGGUAAACAAUUAUCUUCACCAAUUAUGAUUAUGGAUAGAAAGAAAAAUACGGCUUCUAUUAGAAAUGAAAAUUCAAUGCCAAAUUCAGUAGCUGGUUCUUCAACUAAUUUACAAGGUUUAAAUACAAGUUUUGGAAGUGAAUCAUCUUCUUCAAGAAAUGGUGGAAUAAUAAGAUCGAAUCAAGAUAUCAAAAAGAAAAAAUCAAAUUCAGAUAGUGAUGAUCUUGAUGAUGAUAAAAGUCCUUUACAACAUUUAUCUCCUAAUUCAAUUGAUGAAUCUGCUUCAGAAAUUCAAACUAAUACUGAUACUGAUGGUCGUUCAUUAAAGAGAAAGAAAUUAUCCAUUGAUGAUGCGUUUAAUUCUUCAACUAAUCCAAUGUUUAAUGGAAGUUCAAAUGGAUUCUCUCCAUUAAGUAAUAGUGAUACCAAUACUUCAACAACUAAUCAUAAUGUAUUACUUAAACCAAAUCAACAAAAUAAUAAUAAUGGUAUGAUUCUUCAUGCUCCAAAUUUCUCUAAUGGUUUAUCACCUUUAACUCAUCCAAAUUCUCAAGGUUUAACCAAUAAUAAUAGUAAUGAUCUUAAUAAUAUUCAAUCAUCAAAUAUGCCCUACAUUCAAAGAAUCAUUCCAGCCCAAGGUCCAAUCAGAGGAGGUAUCGAAGUGACAUUAUUAGGAUUUAAUUUCCGUCCUGGUUUAAAAGUUAAAUUCGGGGCUAAUAUGGCUUUAGCUACUCAUUGUUGGUCAGAUACAACUAUUGUAACUUAUUUACCAGCUGCUGCUCAACCAGGUCAAGUAUUAGUAAGUUUUGAAAAUCAUGAUAAUAGUGGUAUUAUUGUUAGUAGUGCUCAACAACAACAACAAAUCUUUACUUAUACUGAUGAUACUGAUAGACAAUUGAUUGAAUUGGCUUUACAAAUUGUGGGAUUAAAGAUGAAUGGUAAAUUAGAGGAUGCAAGAAAUAUUGCUAAACGUAUUGUUGGUAGUGAUGCUACUGGUAAAUCACCUAAUAAUAGUAUUUCUGGUGGAAGUGUUAGUAAUACUGAUCAAUUAUCAACAUCAACUAAUCAAGCUAAUAAUGAUUGGUUUGAUAGUGCUCAUAAAGCAGUUCAAGAAUUAUCAAAUCCAAAUUCAUCAACUGAAGAAAUAUUAAUUACAUUCCUUUCCUUGGUUGAUUUACCAAAUUGUCCAAUUAUAAUUCCAAAUUGGCAAUUAUCAAAUAAAUUAGGUCAAUCCUUAUUACAUUUAGCUACCUUGAAGAAUUAUAGUCAAUUAAUUAAAUUCCUUAUUAGACAUGGAUGUAAAAUUGAUUUACAAGAUAAUCAAGGAUUAACUCCUUUAUUCUUAGCUUCAUUAUGUGGACAUCGUGAUUUAAUUAAUAUUUUUAUUGAUUGUAAAUCAAAUUGGAAUUUGAAAUUACAGAAUGAUAAAUAUUUGAAAGAUUAUUGUGAUUUAAAUGUAUUGGAUAUCUUUAAUAAUUUAGAAGAAGUUCUUAAUAGUGGUAAUGAAAAAGAUUUAACUGAUGUGGGUAGUAAUAACAUUAAUAAUUCUGAACAUAAUAAUAAUGGUACUAAUGAUGAUAUUAAUGAUGAUAAAUUAAAUAAAUCAGUUAGUUUGGAUUCAUUAAAUUCCAUGUUUGCUAUGAAUUAUGGUCGUCAUAUUUCCAAGAUGGUUAUGCAAGAAAAUUCUCAUAAUCAUUCUAAUCCAAUUAAUUUAAAUUAUUUUGAUAAUAAUGCUAUUAGAAGAGAAUAUUUUGAAAAUUCAGAUUUAAAUAAUAAUAAUAAUCAAGAUUCAAAUUCGGAAUUUGCUGAUUCUGAAUAUGAAUCAGGGGAUUAUGAUGAAUUUAAUAAUGAUUAUGAAGAUGAAGAUGAUUCAUUUAAUGAUGAUUAUGAUGAUGAAGAUGAUUAUGAUGAAGAAGAAGAAGAAAUCAUUAAUGAAGAAGAUAUGGAAGCUGAUGAUGAAAGAGAACAAGAAGAUGAAGUUGAUAAUGAACAAUUCAUUGAAACUGGUUCAUUAACUUCUGAUUCAACUAUUCGUUUAGGUUCAGGACCAAAUUCCUCAAUUUCAACUGCUGCAUCAAGUGGAGGAGAAGAAAAUGGUGAAUCUUCAAUUCAAGCUGGUAUUUGGCAAAAAGUUAAAAAUGUUUUCACAACUGAAAAUGAAGAAGAAAAUUUACCUGCUUAUGAUGAUUUAUUCCCAUUUGGUCCAUCAGCAUUAAAUUCAAAACCAAAAACUCAAAUUGAAAGAACUUUAAAUGAAGGUUCAAGUACUACUCAUGAAUCUAAUACCACUACUAUUGGAGCUAGUUCAACUGAACCAUCUGAUCCUCAAGAUGAUGCUGGAAUUUCAUCUGAUUCUUCAGAAGAUAUGGUUAUUUCAUAUAUUAAUCAUCCUCGUAAAGCAGUUGAAAAUGAUAAAAUGUUAUUAUUCUUUUGGAUUCCUGCUUUAAUUGUUAUCUGUGGAUUAUUCUUCAUGGUUAGUGUUAUGGGUUAUAGAUUUGAAUUCAUUGAAUCUAUUAAAUCAAUGAUUAGAACUACAAUUGGAAAUCUUAUGGUUGGUAAUGAAAGAAUUGGAAGAGUAUUUAAAACUGAAACUAGAAAUGUUCUAGCUGAAACCAAACGAUUGAUUGUUAAUAAUUAA